AUGCCCUUGUUAGAAUCAUGCUGGUCACCAUGUAUUUGGUCCUCAACGGUGAAAUCCGGCAGCAGAGCCGUAGCUGUGUACACUGCAGCAAUGAGCAUAAUAUUAAUAACUUUCAUUGCGUAUCAAAUGGAUGGCGGUGAUUCCACACAACUUUGGAACCCAUUGUUUGAAGCUGAUGUUAGAGGAUCUCUACAAUUGUUUGGAAUAAUCUUUAUAGUAAUACUUGUAAUUCUCAUCAUAUCAUCCAUAUUUAUGGUGAUUGGUAUUAAUAUAUGGAUGAGAGGUUUUAUUUUGCCAUGGCUCAUCACAAUGGGACUCAUUAUACUAUUCCAAUUUAUAUUUGGUCUGUGGCUACUUGGCGGAUACUAUAUUUAUCUGGAUGCUACAUUUGCUGCCCUUGUAGACUUUCUCUGGAUGGCAUAUAAUAUAUACUGCUGGCUGUGCGUAUUCUCACAAUACCAGAUUAUACUGGAUAUGCAGUCACCCAAUAUCGAAAUCUUAGUUGAGUAC